UCCAACCUCGUCAACGGGUACACGUUUAGCUACUGAGUCUGACAGUCGCUCAUAGACACGCACUCACAUAGAGUCAAAGCUAUCUCUAUUCUACAGCCUAAAUGGCCAGUAUUUCAUUCAUGUGUGGCUCUCGUCUGUGGUUUACCAGAAGGUGGACCAGUCGUUGAGCUAGUAAGACUUUUCAGUCAGGACCUGGGAGCGAAAGAAACCGGAGAGGAAAUCUGGAUUGAAAUCGGAGCUAACAUUGGUUAGCUAGCUAAUGUUAGCUUCCCAGCGCAAUGGCCAUCAGAUGUGUCCCAGAUGAUGUAAGGCAUCCCAGUCUGUAGAGACCACCAUGACUGAAGUUCAGGCCACAGCGGAGUUUUCGGUGGAGCUCCACAAGUUUUACAAUGUGGACCUGUUCCAAAGAGGGUUCUACCAGAUUCGUGCCAGUCUGAAGAUCCCGCCCCGGGUCCCGCACAAAAUUGAAGCUAGUCUUCUUCACCCAAGCGGCUCUGAUCUUGCAUUCCCUGCUUCGGUCCAAGACGAUGUCAUUUCCAGCAAAACAUUUCAAAUUCUGUACAAGAAUGAAGAGGUUGUUGUCAACGAUGUGCUGGUCUUUAAAGUCAUGAUGUUGCUGGAUGAGAAGAAGGUGGAAGAGUCUCUGAGUGACAUGGAUUUCCAGCUUCUUCUGGAUCUGUACUUCACUGAUGGCGAUUACACACCAGAUGACCCAAGCUCUUUACAGAACAUAAGCAGCCGCUCACUUCGUUUGCACUUUAGCCUUCAGAAAGGCAUCCACCAGCACAUCAAUGUCAUGUUUGACUACUUCCACCUUUCUGUCAUCUCUGUAGCCGUUCAUGCCUCCCUAGUGGCACUACAUCAACCACUUAUCAGUUUUCCAAGGCCAGUGAAAACCACAUGGCUUAAUCGCAAUGCUCCAGCACAGAGCAAAGACUCGGUCAUCCCACCUCUAGAGAAUGUUGUCUUUGGCAGCAGUUAUGUCAAGCAGGUGUCACAAGAUGGCAGGUCGUUCCUGGUAUCUGACCACUGUGUGCAGCAUGCGCUCAGUCUCCACCAAAACCUCUGUUCCACUCUCCUACUAGCCUACCAGGGACUGUUUGACUACUUCACCUCCAUCACCAAGGACCUGCCCUCCUCCCAUCGGAUGGAACUAGCCAAGCCCAGCAUGCAAGUCCUUUAUGAGAGAGUACUAAGAAGACCCUAUCCCCGAAGUCAAAGGCACGUCUACAUAGAAAAGCUCGACUUGGAGGCCCGUCUAGUCGAGUUAUGUGAGCAAGUGAAGCAAAAAGCAGAGUCCCCUGAUGAGUUGGCAGAGUUAGUUAACAUGAAUCUGGCCCAACUCUGCUCUCUGCUCAUGGCUCUGUGGGGACAGUUUCUGGAGGUUGUAUCCCUACAGGAGCAAGUUGCUGCCAUUCUUGCUGUGGGACACCACACACUAAGAGUGAGGCGAUUUGCUGAGGCUUUCUUCUGUCUUGAGCAUCCAAGACAGUCUGCUUUGGCUUAUCAGGAGUUACAUGCUCACAGUCACCAGCAGAUGACUAAUGCCAUCAAAAGCUCCAGUUACUUUCUAUCUUUGCCUCCGCUUCCGGUGGAAUGUGCUGACCUGGACGGUGAUGUCAGCUCUCUUCCUAUCAUUUUUGAGGAUCGUUACCUAGAUUCCAUCACUGAAGAUCGUGAUGGACCCUGGCUUGGCCUGCACAACACACGGACAGGCUCAGUGCUGAGCAAAACAGACAAAUCCAGUUCAAAAGACUGUGCUGCAGCAGCCAGCUCCUUGCCACCUGAUUCGCAAUGUGCCCCCUUGAAUAGGACUUGGUGUGACAGCUUUGAUCCACCACCAAAAUCCAAAGGCAAAUCUGUCAAACUGAAGAAGAAUUCCAAAAUUGACAAUUCCAAGAAGCUCAUCAGACACGGAUCCAAGGACUCUGUGGUUUUGGUGGGUUACAAGAACCUUAAAGCUCCUUUCACUGACCCUAGCACUAAGUAUAAGGAAGGGGAGGCUCCUCUGAGCUUAGAGGAGGACCAAGAUGCCUUGCAGGUGGACUCUAUUAGUUGUUUACGGACUAAUGCUAAUUCUGACCCUGGUGCCUCUUCAGCACACUUUGUGCAGAGUGUUGUUGAGUAUGUCUCGAAUGAUAAUAGAACUUCUACAGUAGCGUGUCCUCAGACAGACACUGGGACUAUGUCUAUGUGCCAACAGCCCCUGAACAAAGAUAACCAAGUUGAGCAUAGUAACCAAAAUCCCACGCAGUGUUUUGCUGGACCUAAGCAAAUCGAGGUUAAACCAAGUCCGAUUAACCAAGGUGGCAAAGUCACAGUUCUUAGACCGCUUCGGACUGAUGUUGCUACCGACGGCACUAAUCCACACCAUCAGCCUGCGGUGGAGACAGCACAGCAUAGCCAGCGGUCCUGUCUGGUGUCAGUACAGGUAAAGAGUGAUUGUAUCCGGCUGCCAGAUGUAGCAGCUCCGAGUGCCUCUUCGCGCCUCUCUGACUCAGGAAUCGAGAGUGAGUCCAGCUCCUUUGCACCUCAGCUUUUUUCCGGCCCACCGGCUUGUGCAGAUCUCGGUGUAGCUGAACCAACUGUUGCUGACCCACAGCCCCAGUUGACCCCCGUAAGUUCUGCUCUCAGGCCAGUUCAGUCAAGUUCAGUGCAGCAACCCGUUGGAGCAGCAGAGUGUCUUCAUCCAGAAGAUGCCCGGACUGCCAGGGGUGUUCAGUCAUCACUCACUUCUAUCAACUCCUUGCCCUCAGAUGAUGAAGGUGAAGGUUCUUCUAGAGGAUCUGGUGGGGCUGAUGUUUUUUGCAGGAGGUCUAGUAUUGUGGUCCAGGAGCAGAGUCUUGUGUUUUCUGGGGAUAAGCCAAACAAAACUGCCACUGAUGCUACAAUAGUGGACUCCCAGCUUGUAAAACCUGUAUUUGAUUUGGAAAUAGACCCCAAAAUGCUUGGUAAUUUGGAGGUUAGACUGGAGGAGGCAUCUGGUCUCGAAGCCAUUAGAGAGUCUCGUAGUGAACCCCAAACAUGUCCCUCAAGUAACUCUGCCACCAGUAGCACUGAUCUGGUAAAACGUGGCAUGGUAGAGAACUAUUUUGGCUCGUGUUCCAGCACAGACGUAUCAGAGAUCAGCCCAGUGGAGACUUCUGCUGUCACACUGGGGAUCCAAACUGGAACUCAGGUUGAGGACGACGAGGAUGAAGGUGAGCAUGAAAUGAUCGAGAAUGGCUACUAUGAGGAAGGAGAUGGCUACGCAUUUGUGAAUGGUGUCGCCGAUGAGGAGCCAAUCAGUGCUGGCGACACAGCUGGACAAGAGACACGUCUUCUGUUUGAACAUCUUGGCAUCGGCCACAUCCACGAAAGGCAGGAUUUAUCCAAGGUGCCAAUAUGCUCCCAUCUGGCCUCCACUAGUGUGGGACAAAGCACAGGAAGGCGUCAUACCUCUACCUCUGUUUGUUGUAAUCUGCAAUGGUACGAAUGUGCAUCUACACCACAGAUGAAAGAGUUCGUCAAGGCGAAGGAAGAAAUGAAGCAGUUAAAGCUUCCAGGCUUCCUGUACAGCGAAGUACCAGAGCUGGCAUCCAGUGUUCCCUACUUCAGCUUAGAGGAAGAUGAAAGUUGUGAAGAGGGCAUUCAUCUCAUCGUUUGUGUUCAUGGUUUGGACGGCAACAGUGCAGACCUGAGACUGGUGAAGACUUACCUGGAGCUGGGGCUGCCCGGUGCUCGUAUAGAUUUCCUCAUGUCAGAGAGAAACCAGAAUGAUACAUUUGCUGACUUUGAGUCAAUGACAGACAGACUCCUGGAUGAAAUAGUCCAGUAUAUCCAGAUAUACAACCUCACUCUGUCAAAGAUAAGUUUUGUGGGCCACUCUCUAGGAAACCUGAUUGUACGCUCCGUACUGACCAGACCCAGGUUUAAAUGUUAUCUGAGCAGAUUGCACACCUUCCUUUCUCUUUCUGGCCCUCACCUGGGCACACUCUACAACAGCUCAGCUCUGGUCAAUACAGGCCUUUGGUUCAUGCAGAAGUGGAAAAAGUCAGGGUCACUGCUGCAGCUGACUUGCCGAGACCACUCCGACCCUCGACAGACCUUUCUCUACAAACUCAGCAAGAAAUCAGGUCUGCAGUUUUUCAAGAAUGUGGUGCUGGUGGGUUCGCUGCAGGAUCGCUACGUCCCCUAUCAUUCAGCUCGAAUAGAGAUGUGCAAAACGGCAUUAAAAGACAAACAAACUGGUCCAGUGUAUGCUGAGAUGAUUGAGAAUCUGCUGCUGCCUGUCCUUCAGAAUAAAGACUGCAAUCUCGUGCGAUAUGAUGUCAUCCAUGCGCUUCCCAACACAGCCAAUUCUCUCAUCGGUCGCGCCGCCCACAUUGCUGUUCUCGAUUCGGAGAUCUUUCUGGAGAAGUUCUUCCUUGUUGCAGGCCUGAAGUUUUUUCAGUAGAACACCAUGUGAACAGCCGAAUGUUAAUACCUCACUACAUCUGAAUUUUCCUCCAAUUACCAUUCUUGGACUAUCACUUUUAGUUCGUUUUUAACUACUACUAUUUACUUUUUAAUGAAAUAGAUACUUUAGAUUAUUUUGCUGUUUUUAUUGGAAUCAGUUUAUAAGGAGUUAGUUUUUAUUUUUCUACUGCCAUUGUUUCGUUUUUGUCGGGGAAGGAGUUUCUGCCAAGUUUUCUGUUAUCCUUUCAGUGUUAUUUAUGUAUAUUUCUAUAUAUUUUAUUGAAAUUAUUCAAAUAAUUUGGGUGUUGAAAUGAAUUUAGAGCUGCUACAAUGUUAAAAUGGCAAGUCUGCACAUAACGUCACCAUUUGGAAACCUUUUCCACCGGUUUUUAAAGACAUUGCAUCCAUUUGCACCAACAACUACAUUUUACAAGCUUUUUGUACAGGAAAUUGUCAUUUGUACAGGUUGCUUUUAUAUUGACUAUUUUCCAUCCUUUUUAAAAGAAAAGAUUUGGAUUUGAAAAAGCAUUGUUGUUGCUCAGACUUUGAAAUGUGUGUUGUUUUUAAUCCAUUAUGCAACAUUGUGCACAUCUACCGACUGUGGGGUUGGUGAAACAAAGCUACAGUGUAACAUUUUGUCACAGGGAGCGGAAGCAGUGCUCGUCAUUCAACAGAAAGCACAUAUGUUUUUUGUUUUUAUUACGGUGUUUUAUGGAAAGUAUUUGAUUGGUAACGUUGGGUGCUUAUGUGAUUUUCAACUGGAAAGUAUUGCUUGCAAUAUGAAACAUGUUUCUUGGACAAAUGUUUAUAUAUCAUAUUGGACCAAUAAAAUUGAUCAUAUAAAAUUAUUUUUACAUUA